AAGUAUAUGCCACAUUUCAGUUAAUUAAUUAUCUAAUUACCAGCACAAAUCAUGCGGGGGUAGAUGAACGGAGCCAGACAGCGUGCCUUGCCAAACAAUGUCUGUGGGACGAAAUGGCGACGCCUACAAGUGGCAGCUUUAAUUUAAUUGGUCGAAACCUAAGACUCCUAUUGGCUGGGGAAAAAAUGCGCCAAAUGUAAAACCGGAAGUAAAAAAAAAAAUGAAUACAGCAGCCCAGGACAGAGAGUCGCCUGAUGCCUGAUCCUGACGCCUGAUACCUGAUCCUGACGCCUGAUGCUGACGCCUGAUGCCUGAUCCUGACGCCUGAUGGUGGAUUCCUGACGCCUGAUGGAGGAUUCCUGACGCCUGAUGCCUGAUGGAGGAUUCCUGAUGGAGGACGCCUGAUGAAGGAUUCCUGAUGGAGGACGCCUGAUGGAGGAUUCCUGAUGCCAGAUGGAGGAUGCCUGAUGGAGGACGACUGAUUCCUGAUGGACGACGUCUGACAGCUCAAGGAGGAAGUCUGAGGGCGGAGCGUUGAUGAGCGACGUCUGAGGAGGGAGGCUACAGAGCGGAGGUGCGACUGCACAUUUGGAUGAUCCGUGACUUCAAAGGCAAGCGAUGCGCAACGGAGAAGGCAUAGGACGACGCAUGACGCAAACCAGGUUCCCUGGGGAUGUGGUUUGCUGCCACCUGGCUUCCAAGAGAAUGGAGAUCUGAGGGCACUUUCAGCAGGUAUGGCUGCAGAGGAACCCGGCUCGUCCCCAGGUGGGAUCUCUCCCCUGCAGCAGAUUUUGGCCUCUGGUACCGGAGCCCUCCUCACCUCCCUCUUUGUGACCCCUCUGGAUGUUGUGAAGAUAAGAUUGCAGGCGCAGAGGAAACCUCUCUCUAAAGUUUUGUCUGUAAAGCCUCUUCCCUGGGCACUCCCCGUGCGCCAUCCCAAAUGGCGCUGCUUCCUGUAUUGUAAUGGACUGAUGGAUCAUCUUUUUGUGUGUCAACAUGCCACGGCGUGCAGCACCUGGUACCGAGCACCCACAUACUUCAAUGGCACCCUGGAUGCAUUUGUGAAAAUUACAAGGCACGAAGGCUUAACAUCACUAUGGAGUGGGCUGCCCCCGACAUUGGUAAUGGCUGUGCCUGCUACCAUCAUAUAUUUCACAUGUUACGAUCAGUUGAGAGAUUUCCUGUGUUAUGGGCUGAGCUAUCAUGGCAACCACAUUCCCCUCAUAGCCGGAGCUCUUGCUCGCUUGGGAGCAGUCACAGUUAUCAGCCCACUUGAACUGAUUCGCACCAAGAUGCAGUCUCGGCAGCUCUCUUACAUGGAGCUGGGUGUGUGUCUGCGCUCUGCAGUUUCUCGGGAUGGAUGGCUGUCUCUCUGGAAAGGAUGGGGCCCAACCGUGCUUAGAGAUGUCCCAUUCUCAGCUCUCUACUGGUUUAAUUACGAACUUGUGAAGAGGAAGAUGAGCAACACCAAAGCAGCUGCAGAAAGCCCAUUCCUAGUCAGCUUCAGUGCCGGUGCUGUGUCUGGAGCGGUGGCCGCCAUCCUCACUCUGCCGUUUGAUGUAGUGAAAACCCAGAGACAGAUCGAGUUGGGUAACCUGGAACCUGGGUGCAUUCAACUCCUCCAGCUACUUCCAAGCCAAUUUUCAUACAAGAAUUCCCAUAGGGAAGAAGCACACCAGACACUUGGCUUUGCCUUUAAGAGCAUUUAUUCAGCAGAGUUGGCGCAAGCUUUCGGGGUCAACCCCUUCCUCAGGUCCAUCGAGAGGACAGAGAUCUUCCACCUGGGGAGCCAUGCGCAGGAUUCGAGCAGAAUCUGGAACUAGAGGCCUAUUUGCAGGUUUUCUCCCGCGGGUCAUUAAAGUGGCUCCUGCCUGCGCCAUAAUGAUCAGCUCAUAUGAGUUCGGAAAGAGCUUCUUCCAGCAACGUAACAAGAUGAAAGAACAGAACCAUUGAGACGGAAGAUUUAAACCGAGGGGG